GAUGAAAAAUAUAUUAACAUACUCUCGUUAAACCUCUCGAAAUAUUUUCCUCCGUAAUUCCUAAUUCCAAUAAUUUUUAUACUUUUGUCACGAUGAAUAACUCCUCUCGCGUGACCCUCCCCGCGUCCAUCCACCUCUUCAGGACUCUCCCAAUAGCUGCCUCGUUCAAAUACACCGGGGCACAAUCGAUAUGCCGGUACCCGGCCUCCAAGGCCUCCUCCAUCGCCUUCGUAAUCUCCUCCUCAGAAGCCUUCGACAAUUUUUCAAAUUGAAAUAUGCAAAUGCAAAUUACUGCCGAUGACUAGGGGCGAGUGGAGUAAAAUGGAUACUCAUUAUUUUUAAAUGAAAUGGCAUUGCAAAAACUACUUAAUGCUUAAUCGAAUGAAUUUGAGGCAUCACAUGUGACGAAACUCGGAAAAUUCACUUUCAGCGAAAUUUCGUAAAAAUUCGAAUUUGAAAAAAUUUAAUUUGUAAAUUAAAAAAAUUAUUUCCAAGUCUCCAUUUUGCCCCAGCCACCCCUAGAUAACUGACACCGCGUACGUGCCAAGUGCCGAACCCCAGAGCCGGCAUUUUCCGCCCCGCAGUCAACUCAAUAUCGAUUUUCGAUCCCAUAAUCACUUCCCACUGUUGACGAUCUCACUGAUUCGUUAUUCGAAGUCACCGGGGAACUGAAUAAAUUCCACAGUUGAGCGCAAUACAAAACUGCUUAUGCUUUCACCGAUACUUCCGAGAUGGCAUUGGAGAGGGGGAGAUUUUCUGGGCCCUCAAUAAGCACUGAACGACGAUGUAUACGUGCAUUAAUUGCGGAGUGGAGGUCGAGGAGUUGUACAGGAGGUACAGUCCUAGUGUCCUCAAAGUAUUAAAAUGUAGAGAUAACCGAUCAUUAUGCAACCUUGACCCUCGUGGCCCCCUAUUCCAGACGAAUUGCGGAAGCCUGGCGGACAAAUACAUAGAGUACGACCCAGUGAUAGUCCUAGUGGACGUAGUGCUCCUAGAGAAACCAGCGUACAGGCACCUCCUCUACAACAGUAAAUUCGAAUCUUACUGGAAGCUGAUGUUAAUCCUCCUCCUGAGUGAAUCCUACCGAGUCUGGGCGAUCCACGACAGCUCCACCGACCCCCUCAAGACCGACAGGUUCGAGGGGGAGAGGGGCUUCUCCAUUCUUCUAGCCCACACAGGUCUAUCUCUAGGCUCUUUCGUGAUAGCCGUCAUCCUCGGAACAGAGUUGCGAUGGCUCGUCUCUCAGAGACGGCCCAGGAAGUACAAAGCGACUGAUCUCGUUCGCGCUUUGAUCGUCGGGGGCUGCGCCAAACUCCUGGGGCUUCUCGGGCUUGUCUGGCAACAUGUGUCUCACGAGCUGCAUUACGCCCUCAUUCAUGGAUACACCAUGCUCUGCCUCCUCACAGCGUACUCAGUUGUCUGCGAGAGCGGAAGAGGUGGAUCACUGAUAGGUCUAGCUGCUGGCUUACUGGCACACAAUUACGUAUCAACUUGGGUGUGGCUGCCCUCAUUUACCCAAAAUAUUACAAUAGUACAGAGUGAUAUUCGAGGCUAAUUCAACAUAUUGUGAUAUGAAGUAAUAGGGGAUUUAUUAAGCAUCUUUAACGGGAAGAACACUCCAGCCGAGAACAAGUCUGUCGAAUCCACAGGAGAAUAAGUUACAAGUUGCAUUUGAGUCUUCUGCCCAGGCCACUGAGCACACCAUUCGUCGAUGGCCCUAAUGAUCAAGACCAAAUUGUAAAUUCAUUGAUUCAAACAUUUGUUGAUUAUUAAUGUCGUACAUAAAUAAAUAUUUGAGGAUUUUUAGUAA